AUGGUUUGCUCAAGUCAUGUGUACAAUGAUUUUGCGGGGUCGCCGGAUUUCCAAGUGAUCUCGGCUCAGUGGCAGCACCGUACCUUAGAAGAGGCUUCCACAACAGCGCCUGCCCUGGCAAUAGUAAUAGUGUUGCUAAUGUGGUCUGUUACUGUUCUUAUUGUGCCGAAAACAAGAGAUAAGGAGUUGUUUGAGGAUCUUGACGACUUUGCCAAGACCACUAUUGCGUUGGAUGAAGAAAAAGAAGGAUGA